CUGGUUAGUGCCCAGAGAAGGCCCCAGAGUCAGCGCCCCUGGUUCUUGCUGUCCUCGAUGCUGCCUGCUGAUGACAACGAAAUACCGUUCUCCAAGGAUCCUGUCAGGAGAGGCCUAGUGGACUGAAGAGGGAUUUUCGGGCAGCAAACAGCUUGCAUUUAUUUCUCCCCUCUAUGAAUCAGACAGCACCUGCUCAGGUGCUGCCCAGCAGGAACUCGCAGCUCCUGGGAGGAUGGUGCGGAUCUUGGCCAAUGGGGAGAUCGUUCAGGAUGAUGACCCCCGAGUGAGGAGCACUGCCCCGCAGAGGGGGAGCAUCCCGCGGCAGGGCUUUCUCAACAGAGGCCAUGGUGUGCCCCCUGGGGGCCCUGGUCCCCGCCAGCAGCAAGCGGGGGCCAGGCUGGGUGCUGCACAGUCUCCAUUCAAUGACCUCAACCGUCAGCUGGUGAACAUGGGCUUCCCCCAGUGGCAUCUGGGGAACCACGCGGUGGAGCCUGUGACCUCCAUCUUGCUGCUCUUCCUGCUCAUGAUGCUGGGAGUUCGUGGCCUCCUGCUGGUGGGCCUCGUGUACCUCGUGUCCCACCUGAGCCAGCGGUGACAUCCAGGGCCAGUGGGGGCAAUGCUGACAGGGACUUGCGUGGCCUUGUGAGAGUGGGCAUGUGGGAGGGGGUCUGGUGGGCUUUGAAGGUGUGGACAGCAAAGGGGUCCUGGGUGUGGGACUCCCCAUUGUGCCGAGCAUGGCCCAGAGGGGUGCUCUAGCGCAGCAUCCCCAGUGGAUGGGGUGGGCACCGUGCUUGCCUGGAGAUGCCUUCAGCUGAUUUCGGGCCUCUUUUAAGAGGCACAGACCUGGAGUCAGAAAAAUUCUCUUUCCAGUUCUCUUUAAUCAUUUUAUGCUGAGAAGAGGAUUGACUUGGUGCCAAUGGGUUUUACACCCAAGGAACCAAAACUGACUCCCCUUUACCAGAGAGCAGAACUGGGGCUUGGAGCAGAUGGGAGAAAUUUCCAGACUUUUGUAGCACCAUUUUGUUUUAAUGGUGUAUUUUUAUUGGCUACCUUUUAUUUAUGACAGUGGGUUCUUGUGUUCUAUUUAUUG